CUUACUAAUGUCCUGCCUCACACCCUCUUUUAACAGUACAUAACAUUUUUUAUGCCUAUAAAAGCCACACGCGUUUCCGUAGAAGAGCAUUACACAACAAGCGCUCGAGCAGAGCAAACGUGUUAGAGAAAAUUUCUAAAAAUAAAUAAUUAUACUAAAAUAUAUUUUGAAAAUCGCUGAUUAUUCUAAAAUUUAAAAUGUGCCAACGAAGAAUUUUAAAAGUUGCUUACCACGGAAAACGUCAGUUAAUACGUUAUAAACUAGGAGGCUCUUAUAAUGAAAUUCUUAAGACGAUCAUGCAACACUUCCAGAUUCUUUGCAAACGCAAAUCUACAACAUCCCUCAUGCUUACCAACGAAGCCGGGAAAGUGUUUAGUAAACGACAACUCAAAAACUAUAUCUUAUUGUUUCCGAGCCCCAAGAUUACAUUCCAUUUGCAAACUAACCAACAAACAACUGAAAGUUCGGGAAGGAACCAGAAACAAUUACCACGAAGCAAUAACGCAAUUAACACAGUAACCAAAAAGCAGCAAAAGUGCCGAAAGCGUCAACGCGAAACCGAUUAUGAAUACGAUCCGACAUACCCAACGACACCUGUAUUUCGCAUGAACUGUUUCAUAGGAGUGUAUCCCGGCAAAUGUUCACCACCGCCUACAAAACGUGUCCGUUUCAGCGAAUCUUCAAACAGCAUCAAAAUUAUACCUGCGCGGUCCGAAACAAAGGAGGUUGUUAAAGGUGCACUGCAGUGGACAAGUUCUUUUGUGGGUGAAUAUCCGCAAAUGGCAACCCAAACAAAACUAACGGCGAAUCAUUUAAAUUAGUAGGAGGUUGUAAAGAGCAUGUUACAACGGAAGUUGUACUAAGCUUUCGAGUUAAGCUUCAGUUCUUUAUUAAAGAAGUCGGAUAGCUUAAUCAGGUUUAUAAUUCUGGCCACAUCCUAUUCGAGAUCCGCUAAAAGCGCAAAAAUAUUCAUAGAAUUAUUGUAGCAUAUCAUAACUAAGAAAGACUCUUAAAAGACU